CACAAAUUGAAUGAUUGGAGAGUUAGGUUUGGAGGCAACUUCCCUUGAUAAGUUAAUUUUUAUCAUGACUCGUACAUUGGAAAUAUGUGUAGAUUCUAUUACAUCAGCUCUAGAAGCCUAUCAGGGAGGUGCUGUGCGGCUUGAGUUGUGUCAUGAGCUUUCUGUUGGUGGUUUAACACCUAGUACUGGCUUGAUGAAAGCAGUAAAGAAAUUUGUGCCUAUGCCUGUGCAUGUAUUGAUUAGACCAAGAUCUGGCGACUUUCAAUAUAAUUCAGCUGAAGUUUGGCAAAUGGUGGAAGAAGUAAAAACAGCUGUUAGCUUAGAAAUGGAUGGAAUUGUUAUUGGUGCUUUAGACGAGAAUCGUCAGGUUGACAAGAAUGUAUGUCAGCAUCUAAUAGCUAAUGCUUUUGGUUUGCCUGUUACAUUUCACCGAGCCUUUGACUUGACAGCUGAUCCCGAAAGAGCUCUUGAAGACAUCAUUCAGUUGGGAUGUUCUAGAAUUUUAACUAGUGGGCAACAGGUGUCUGCUUAUAAAGGAAAAGACAAAAUAAGGGAAUUAGUAGAAAAGGCUGGUUCAAGAAUUAUCAUUAUGCCUGGUGCUGGAAUAACACUUACUAAUCUACCAGCUAUUGCCGAAAGUACAAAAGCUAAAGAAUUUCACUCAUCGGCAAGACUUCUUGUUCCUUCCUCUCAUCCACCUGAAGCAGCUGUUGUUGAAGGUACUGGGCAUAAAUCAGUUACUUCAUCUAGUGUGGUACGAAAUAUGGUGACAAUUUUAAAACAAAUGGAUGCUGUUGACACUGCAAAUCUUCUUCUUCCUUAUAUAACUGGUGCGAAACAGAAUGCUGAGAAAGUAACUUCAUGAGAGUCAAAAAAAUUUGCUUUGUAUAUAAGAGUAUUUAAUAUAUUUUGAUAUUAUUAUUUAAGUGUUUAUAAAAUAGACUUCAAUUAAACAGUGAAGAUAAUAUUUA